GGGAAAAUAAAACAAGAGAAAACAAAAUUGAAGAUUGGAAAUUUGACCGAAUUUGACCCUCACAAUACUUGUUCUUCCCGCUGCGCCGCGCCCAAUUUCUUCAUCCCGCGUGACCACGCCCACAUUUAUCUUUCAGGCGCUGGCCGGAGUGUGCUUUUCUUCUUUUCUGAAGUUCUUAUUUUGGUUUUUGCUUGGAGUUUUGACCUUUUUCUGACUUUACUCGAAUUCUGAUUUCAGCGAGACUACAUUACAUAUACUUCAUAAAAUGUCACUCACACCAGUCAAUUCAUUGACCGUAGCUACAGCAGCCAUCUUUGGGAGCCUUGGGCUACUGUGGCUUUACAAGAAGCUUACAUCACAUCAGAGGAGGGUGGGGCUUAAAGACAAGGUGGUACUCAUCACAGGGGCAAGUUCUGGAGUUGGAGAGGAAUGUGCCAGAGUUUUCUACCGUCUUGGCUGCAAGGUGAUUUUGUGCGCAAGAAGGGCAUCUGAGCUGGAGAGGGUCAAGAAAGAAUUGAUGGCUUUAAAAUUGGCUCAAGGAAUCCCAGCCCACACACCCCACGUGAUACCCCUGGACCUUGAGAAAUUGGACGAACUACCAGACCGAGCCAAGGAAGCACUCGCACUCCACGGCCAUGUAGACAUCCUUAUCAACAAUGGGGGCAUGAGUGUCAGAGGGAGUGUGGUUGAUACCGUUCUCUCCGUCCAUCAGAAGAUCAUGAAUGUCAACCAUUUUGGUUCGCUCGUCCUCACUUCUGCCAUUUUACCAAGUAUGAUCUCAAGAAGAAAGGGUCACAUUCUUGCAGUCAGCAGUGUUCAAGGAAGGAUAGCUAUUCCAUUCAGAAGUGCUUAUUCUGCCUCAAAGCAUGCCAUGCAAGCUUUCUUUGACUCUCUAAGAGCUGAGGUUGCUGAACACAACAUCAGCGUCACAGUUCUUAGUCCCAGCUAUAUCAAUACCAACCUUUCUCUAAGUGCUCUUCAUGGAGAUGGAUCUAUUCAUGCAAAGAUGGAUUCCACUACAGCCAAUGGCAUGUCGACGAUUUAUGUGGCGGACAAGAUUGUUGAUGCGGUCGCUAAGCAACAAAGUGAUGUAGUACUGGGGCCAUUCACACAUGGAGCAGCAAUCUACAUCAGGGCUUUGUUCCCUAAUCUCUAUUUCUGGAUCAUGGCUGGGCGAGCAAAGAAAGGAGAAAAGGCAGAAGAUUGAUGGUGGUCUCAGACAAGGACAUUUUAUUUGCCAAAUUAGUACCACCAUUACCCCAGAUCAUCGUUAUUGAAGAAAAAUAACCAGGACAUAUUGAUCGAUGUGCAAUUGUUAUGGAAAUUUAUCCAAUUAACUGGUGUGUAAUGGGUGUCUGUUAUGAUGUUAAUUUUGUUCAUAUUAUCAAGAGCAUAGACUUCCUGUUUCUAACAGACUCACUUCUUAUUUUUUGAAACUUUGCAGUUGAUGGGGGGGGGGGGGAUAGAUUGACAAUUCAAUAAGGGGAGGUAUUUAACUGAAAAAACAGGGUUGGAUGAAACGGUUGUUUUUAUUCAGUGUUGAAAUUAAUGUAUGGAAGAGAAUUUGUGUCAUAUGAUGUAUUUUACACCAUGAUUUACUAGUACUAUUUGAUUAAUUUAUGGGAUGCAAAUGUAAAAACUAUAAAUAUGCAAAUUUUUAAUAAAAAUUAUGAACUAUGAUGAUCUAUUCUGCUCUAAUGAUUUAUUGAGUAUUGACAUUACCAAUGAAAACUAGUAAAUUGCAUCUUUAAUACUUUCAAAGGCUUUCCAUUAAUUUACAGUAGGAGACCGGAGAAUGAAUCCCAAUUUAAUUCUUAUAAAAGAGAAAAAUCAAAGAAACAAAUAAAUGAGAGUUUUAAGAUUAAAUUAAUGAAAUCUUGAGCGUUUGAAUGUUGAGAAUACUGAUGCUUUGUAGAUCCUCCCAUUGGCAAUGCGACCAAGAUCUGUGAUGUCACACUCGUACAACUUCCCCGUUACCUUUUCACAUAAAUUUCCUCAUCUUGUCUAUUACAAGAUCAGGGGCUCGCAACACAGAGGUUUAUAGCGAUUACAUUGUAAUUGUACUCUUGAUUUUCACAAUUAAUUAUACAUUGUAGUCAAUGCAAUCAAUCCUAAAAACAUGUUCUGUUGUGUUACAAGCCCCAGGUAAGAGAGAGCGGGUAAUGGAGGUUUGACAAUAUUAUAUCAUGGAUAAUUUUUUUUCGUAUCAGUAGAAGUCGUAAAAAAUGAUGUUUUGAGGUAUAUUUUCAGUGUCCAAAGGGAAGAGUUGUGCAAGUGUGGCAUUACAGGUCUUGUUCACCUUGCCACUGGGAGAAUCACCAUCACAUUAGUGGUCUCGACAAUCUAAUGCUCUCGAUUCUAUUUCUCGUCCAA